AUGGAGGGAUUACAUAUUCAGUGGAAUUGGCAUUUCGAUAGUUUGGAAAAGCACAAAGCAUUCCCUAUCUUAAUGACGCAUUGUAGUCACACUUUGAUUACAUGUCUUCUCCAGCAAUUGUAUCCGAAGCACAUGAGGUGUGGGAGCAAUGUAGGAUGCUACCUAUAUGGAAAGAGAAUGGGACUAGACCACAAUAUGGGCAAUGGAGAACGAGUUGGAUAGCUAAGCUUUCUUUGCCAUGGGAGGUGACAAAUACGAAAAAGUUUACCAUCAUGGACUUAACCGCUAAGUUGGAACUUAGCCAUGCUCAAAGAUGUCAGUUGCUAGAGAAGUAUGAUGAGUUAGCUCUUGAUCAUGAAUUGCUUAAAAGAGGGAAGGAGUUGUCCGAUCAACAAGUGGCAGGGUUGAAAGACAAGAUUGCCUCUUUAGAAAGGGAUUUGGCUGCUAGCAAGGAAAUUUGUGGGAAGCAAAAGAAGAGCUUGGAGUUUGCCGAAUAACAAAGGAAAAAGCUGCUACAAGCAAAGGUGGAUCUUAAGUCCAGAGUAAAGGAGAAUAAAGAGCUUGUGGAGAA